ACUAGUCUGGUCUGAUAUAGGAGAUCGCCAAUGACAAGAUGGCCACGGAGCAUUAGUGGAAUCUGUCACCUCUUUCAGCUACAGUGAAAUAAUAUUUUGUGCUUUCUAUAAUAAUGGGUUUAUCACAAAGCACCGGUGCGUCGGAAGGAGGAACAGACGGAUACCACGUCCACGGGGUGCAGGAGAAUUCCCCUGCAGAGAAAGCUGGGCUGGAGCCUUUCUUUGACUUCAUCCUCUCUCUGGGAGACCACAGACUGAACCAGGAGAAUGACAUGCUGAAGGACCUUCUGAAGACUAACGUGGAGAAGGCCGUGACCAUGGAGGUGUACAGCACUAAGACCAUGAGGCUGAGGGAGGUGGAGGUGGUGCCCAGUAACAUGUGGGGAGGACAGGGCCUGCUGGGGGCGUCUGUCAGGUUCUGUAGCUACCAAGGAGCCAACGAGAACGUCUGGCAUGUGCUGGAUGUGGAUGUGAACUCACCAGCUGCGUUGGCCAGCCUUCAGGCCCACAGUGACUUCAUCGUUGGAGCAGACCAGGUGUUGCAGGAUUCGGAGGACUUCUUCUCGCUGAUCGAGACCCACGAGGGGAAACCUCUGAAACUGCUGAUCUACAACACAGAGACUAACGCCUGCAGAGAGGUGGUGGUCAACACCAACCGGGCUGGGAGGAGAGGGGAGGUGAAGUGUGUUGAGCCUACCUGGGGUUUACCUUCCUGGGGAGGAGAGGGGAGUUUGGGUUGUGGUAUCGGAUACGGCUACUUGCACAGGAUCCCAUCCAUGUUUCCCUCUCUACCUGAAGAUGACUSCACACCAGCGAUCCCCGCCAAUGGAUAUGAAGAGGCGUCUCUGAUGGUGGGUCAGUCCAGCCCACGCCGGGGACAGGGAACAGAGAUAACAGACCAGGAUAACAGACUGGAACAGAUCACUCUGCAGGAAGAGGGCAGUCCUCUACCUCCACCCAUACAGGGAGUCAUGGAUCCAGGCUUCUCUGAGUCUGAGGUGGCUAUGAUGGCCCCUGACCCAUCAGAAGACAUGGCUGAUCGGCUGGACCUGUCCGUCUCGUCCAUCGACAUGACCGGCACCUCUCUGGCCGUACACGAGGAUGUGCAUGAGGAAAAACACAGCAACAACAUCUCCGGCAUCGAAGAGCUGGGUGACAGUGAGCUUCCUGAGACGCCACCAGAGAACUGGAUGGAGACUGAACCUCGGGAGUCCCUUAUCAUGCCCACCGACUCACAAGACCAAGCGUCCGAAUCCGCUGGAUCCCCUGACACAGUUGUGGAGGCUCCAUUCGCCCCUCUUGUUGAUGCUUCUCUCCCAGACCCAGACAUCACCUCCUGCCCUCCCCUGGACCUCCUACCCCAGGACCAGCUCCAGCCAGAGCCCCAGGCUGACCUCCUGCUUCAGCCCCAGGUAAGUGACAUCRUGGGGGACUCACUCACUCAGGAGGACGUCGCAUUGGAUGGAACACCACCAGAGCCAAUGGUAGAGCCUGACGUCAUCAGCUCACUGGAGCAACUCUCUGUGGAGCAGUCUGAAACCGCCGCAGCGGAACACCACCAUGACGACCACGAGUGUUGCCAUGACCACCACCACGAGCAUGAGGUCAGCAACCAGGAAGUGGAGGAAGAGUAGGUUUGUGUGUUUCUUGCCGGGUCUGGUCACUGCCUGAAGAAACACUAGCAGAGAUACUGAGCAGUCAAACAUGGGGCAUUUUCAGAACGCUGGUGAAAAGACCUGGGGUGAUGUAUUGAGAUGAGACACUAAUAGAACCAGAUAGAAAUGUAAUGAAUUUAACUGACACGGUUCCCCAAUUUUAUAUGAUGACGAUGGAUGUCUGUUCUAUACUAUACAUUUCUAUCUGAACAGGCCUCUGUUAUAUGAGUGAUGGCGAGCGUACAGUCUACAGUUGGUAAGACGGUAUGGUCCGAGAGAACGUUGUACAGUUUUUUUUUUUAAUGACUGGUUGGAUGGUUCGAAGGGUCACGAGACAGAUCAUGGUAGAAAUACUCAGACAUACAUAACAGCUCUCUUGUAUUUUUGGGUGUAGUAUCCUAUGUUACAAGUUCAGCUUAAUGCUCCGAUUAGCCAUAAGGGUUGCAAUGUAAUGUUAUGAACAUUUUGUAGUUUGUUUUAGUGUAAAAAAAAAAAAGUACUUUUUUUAUUAUUGUUUUGGAUUUCUUAAAAAAAAAAAAAAAGAUGGAAUGCCCAUGUAAUAGAUCCAAAGAUAAUUACACACACAGAUAAAUACAUUGUUUAACUACUUUAUAGAAUUCACUACGACAAACCGGUGAUGUAUAAACUUAAAGCAUAGUUGCACCUUUUUUAAUAUUUUAUUUGUGACGACAACACAACUUUUUUUUUGUCCUGUAAUUCCACUAUUCCUGUUGAAAUACACGAGUGGACCUCAUAGACCUGGGUCUAAUACAUUCAAAUACUUGAGCUGCGCUUGAUUUAGUUUGCCAGUAGACUUGCAUYGCCCUCCUUCCAAAUCCCGUCUCGUUGACUCGAARGUGAGAAGCCUGGGCUUCCGAGGUUAGUUUGCCAGGCACAAUGGAGUAGUCUCAAAAGUGCAAACUUCAAGCUAAAUUAAGCGCAUCUCAAAUGUAUUUUUGACAUGUAUAUUUUUACAUACAUACUUGACCCAGGUUCAGUACCUCGUGACAUCUAUAUAAUCAAAUCGGGUACAGCUUCUUUUUUUACUCUU